GAUCUUUUUUUUUUUGCCCGGAAUCCAGAGGCCACCCCAAUUCCCAGUAUCCCCCAUACGAGGGAGGAAAGAGGAGGAAAGGGAUGGGGCGAGGCGACGGAGACAAGGAGGCCAAGCGCCGCCGCCGCCGCCACGUCCGCGGCCGCGUCCGCAAGCGAUCCCGCGGCGCAUCCCCUUCCUCCCCCUGCUCGGACUCCGACUCCUCUGAUUCUCCUUCCUCCUCCUCCCCUAGCCGCAGUCCCGAGCCGCACAGCCGCAAGCGCAAGAAGUCCUCCUCGUCGUCGCACCGCCACCGCCGUAGCCACAAAAGCAGCGGCAGGUCGCGCAGCUCCCGCGACGACGACCGGCGGCGGCGGCGUCGGAGGCGGCGAUACGAGGAGCGCGUGCGGCGUGGCGGCGAUGGCGACGGAUCCUCCAGCUCCGGGUCGGAGGACUCGGAUAGGGCAGCAGCGGCGGAGGAGGCGCGGGAGAUCGUCCGCGACAUCCUCAGGGAAUUCCCGGCCGCCGCCGGCGAGCUCCGUCAGCUUCUCCAAAUAAUAGACAGUGGUGAAGGCAUUGAUAUUUCUGGAAUCCCUGACAAGACAUUGGUGAAGUGCUUGAAGAAACUUUUCCGAUCUCUGAGACUGAAAGAAAGUGCAAGUGGGGCUUACUUGCUACCUCAUAAAAACGUUCCUACACUCGAUAUUGUUGGACCAUUAUUAUUAGCAAGUUCUAAACUUGCAGACAAUAAAAAGGAAAAUUCGGUAUCACCAAAUAGAGUAGAAUUACUAUCAUAUAACUUUGAUGUGCAAAAUAAAGAUGAUAUUACUUCCGAAGGGCCAAAAGUUGUUGAUGUGGAAGAGGAACCUCCUAAAAGAAGGAUAAUUGGCCCUGCAAUGCCAUCUCGUGAAUUACUAGCUGCAGCAGCUGAAAUGACAGAGGCUCUUAGGUGCCGGGAUGCUGAACUGGAAGCCGAUGAUGAUUUCCUCAUAGGCCCCCCACCACCUGCUGUAGUUGCUGAAGCUGCAUCUGCAAAUGAAGCUGAGCGAUUUGAAGAGGUUACUCGAAUAUUGGGGGCUGACACAAAUUUACCAUAUGAUGUUCUGGGGGUAAAUUGGAAGAUGUCAACUGAUAACAUGAAGAAAAGGUAUUGGAAGUUAUCUCUUUUAGUGCACCCUGACAAAUGUCCUCAUCCUUCAGCACAAGAGGCGUUUGUGAAAUUGAAUAACGCCUUCAAAGACUUACAAGACCCUGAUAAGAGAGGUGCAAUAGAUGAAAAGAUAAAAAAGAAAGAGGAGAUGGAACAAUUUGAGAUUGAGCUUAAAGCAAUGCGUGAGGCUGCCGAAUGGAGACGAUUACAAGGUGUAUCACUUGAGGGUGAUGAUGAACUUUUGGCAGGUCCGAAACAGGCACUUAAGAGAGAUGAAUGGAUGACCACAUUGCCACCUGAGAGAAAAGCAGGAGUGCCAAUGCAUUCAACUAAGUCAUUUAGUAUGAAUGGUAAAGAAGGACGUGGAGACACAAGUGUCUGGACUGAUAGUCCUCUUGAUAGAGCGCAAAAAGCACAACAAAGCUAUUUAGAAGCCUACAAUAAAACAAAGGCGAUUGCAGAAGGAGAUGAUGUAAAGAGCAACAAUCCGGAUGCUUCAAUUGUAGAUAAAUACAAUACCUCCAAACGAUCAGUGUCUCUUGUGCAGAAGCACCGAGAAAGCAAAAAGGAGAAAAAGAAGCAAAAGCAAAAUGAGAAAGAAGAAUGGGAGGGAAACCACCCAUGGAAGCCAUGGGACCGUGAAAAGGAUCUAUAUGCUGGGCGGCAAAAGGUUGGCUUAGAUCCAGAGAACAUGUCACAAGGAUUGUCCUCCCGUUUCGCAUCUGGAGCUGUGCAGAGGAACUUCCUGUGAGCAAUUUGGAAAUGUUAACCGCUGAUGCAUGGCCUAGUUGAUUACUAGUAUCCCGUUAUGUCCUUGGUGUCAGAUACCAAAGAUACUAGAGACACAUAAAACCAUGGAGGUGCCAGGUUAAGGGCAAUCAUGCUUUUAGUGCUUGAUAUUUCUAUUAUAUCAGUAUGGUUCACAUGUUCAAAUUUGUUUUUCACUGAGGAAAUUAGUUAAUGUACUGUCUGGAUAGCUAAAAUUGUAUUAUUGCUUGUUUUGAGCUAUACAACAACUCAUACAGAUAGGUCUUAAGAUUGUGUAGUUAAUCGUUUUUGAAGGAUGCUAAAUAUGUAUGUAAGGACUACGGAAAAGCAAUAUCUGAAAUGUGUCUGGCUUA